GAACUCCUUUUUUUGUUUUCAUUGAUUUGAAACAUGGCGUCUGAAGGAGAGGCGGGCAGUGCUGCUACCACCGAACCGGAGACGGGAGAAGGGGAUGCUACAUUUGGGGAACUACCCACCAGCAUGGAUACUGAAUCAUCAAACGGCAAAGAGGGAAUGGAAACAGCUGGCGAAGGCUCAGAGGCUGCUGAUGCUCUGACUGGAUCUGGAGAUGAGGAGAGUGGGAGGCAGCUGGGAGAGGUGGAGCUGCAGUGUGCCUUGUGUAUGAAGUGGUUCACUGCAGACACGUUUGGCAUCGACACCGCGACCUGUCUUCCCUUCAUGACUAAUUAUGUGUUCCACUGCAAUGUGUGCCAUCACAGCGGCAACACGUACUUCCUCAGGAAACAAGCAAACCUGAAGGAGAUGUGCCUCACAGCGCUGGCAAACCUGACAUGGCGGUCCAGGACACAAGACGAGCACCCAAAGACAAUGUUCUCCAAAGACAAGGAUAUUAUACCAUUCAUUGACAAGUACUGGGAGUGCAUGACAACUCGUCAGAGACCGGGGAAGCUCACCUGGCCCAACAACAUAGUGAAGACAAUGAGUAAAGAGCGAGAUGUCUUCCUCGUGAAGGAACACCCUGACCCCGGCAGUAAAGACCCAGAGGAAGAGUACCCCAAAUUUGGCCUGUUGGACCAGGACCUGGGAAACAUUGGACCCUCAUAUGACACACAGAAACAGACCACUGCUGCUCCCACUGCUGGUGGGCUGAAUGGUGGAUCUGCUUUCUCAGGUGCUUUGGCUCCUGGUCCGGGAAAAGGAAGAGGGGCCAAACGUAAACAGCAGCAGCAACAGGAAGGCACAGCUGCAGGAGCCACUAAGAGAACCAGAAGCGACCCUCUGUUCUCGGCCCAGCGCCUGCCUCCUCAUGGCUACCCACUGGAGCACCCAUUUAAUAAAGACGGGUACCGUUACAUCCUGGCAGAACCAGAUCCUCACGCUCCAGAUCCCGAGAAGCUCGAACUGGACUGCUGGGCUGGCAAACCCAUACCUGGUGAUCUGUACAGAGCCUGUCUGUAUGAGAGAGUGCUGCUGGCCUUACAUGACAGAGCGCCUCAGCUGAAGAUCUCUGACGACCGUCUGACUGUGACUGGGGAGAAGGGCUAUUCUAUGGUGCGAGCCUCCCACGGUGUCCGAAAGGGCGCCUGGUACUUUGAGGUCACAGUUGAUGACAUGCCUGCAGAGACGGCGGCCAGGCUCGGUUGGUCUCAACCACUCGGCAACCUGCAGGCACCUCUGGGUUAUGACAAGUUCAGCUACUCGUGGCGCAGCAAGAAGGGCACACGCUUCCACCAGUCGAUAGGAAAGCAUUACUCCUCGAGCUACGGUCAGGGAGACACGCUGGGCUUCUUCAUAGAGCUGCCCGACGCCACAGAGACCGCCAAAGCUCUGCCUGACACAUACAAGGACAAGGCGCUUAUUAAGUUCAAGAGCUACCUGUACUUUGAGGAGAAGGACUACGUGGACAAAGCAGAGAAAAGCCUGAAGUCAAUGAGCCCCAGCAGGAUGAUAUUCUAUAAAAACGGAGUGAGCCAAGGACUAGCCUUUGAGAACCUGUUUGAAGGCAUGUACUUCCCCGCCAUCUCACUCUACAAGAGCUGCACGGUGUCAGUCAACUUUGGGCCACAUUUCAAAUACCCUCCAAAGGACCUCAAGUACCAGCCGAUGAGUGACAUGGGCUGGGGUGCUGUGAUCGAACACACUCUGGCUGACAUGCUGUACCACGUGGAGACAGAUGUGGACGGACGGCGCAGCCCUCCGUGGGAAGGAUGAGCAUGGCUUGAUACUCAGUACGCACACACGCCCCAGUCAAAACAUUGUUCCGACCUCUGACAGUAAAAUAAAAGCACCACAUGCUGCAGCAAACUGUAGCUCAGAGAAGUUUUUCUCUGCUCUUGCGAUAUUCGUUUCGCAAGACAUGAAGUGAAUAAUAAAUAUGCUCUAAAAAAGGCUACACCAAGCUAAUAUUGAAUGGCUGCGUAUCUUUGUUUGUUAACGUGCCAUCAGCAGACAUUCCGCUCUGAACAUCUGACAACUGAAUCAACGUAUUUUUGGUGCUCCGCUCUCAAAUAUGUAUAUUUUGAAGUUAUUGUUUUGCUGUAGAGAGAUCUCUCUGGGUAUCAAGUCGAACCUCUGACGCUCUGCGUAUUGUUGCGGCCAAACGGACCCACUCUAACACCUCACACAUCAUCUGUAGACAACUGUUAAUUCUGCACUCUUUCAUGUAUUCAGUGUUUUUUGCUAAUUUUAUUUGUUUUACAAUGUGUGUCAGUUAUUUACUGUUUUAUACUCUGGGUUAAAUAAAAAAAAAUGCUACAUGGA